AUGGCAUCACCAAUAUUCUUGUCAAAACCACAUCCUGGAUUUUCAGCCCAGGCCUUUGAGAACGGAGCAAAGCUCGCGCUAUGGGAGUUUUGGCGAUUUGCUAUACGCUUCGUGGACAUCUGUAGAGGAGAUUGGAGAGUUUUACUGAAGCUCUCGCUUGUAUCGGUAACAUGGCGUGUCGUUACGUUGCCGCUAUACAAAACGGCACAGCCCUUCCUUCUCUUGACACAGACCUUACAAGCUCUCGAGAUGUGGCUAUCGUGCUUUUACUUGUUGACUUUUGCAUAUCCAGAUUUUUCUUGGGCGUUUUGGAGAAACUUCCAGCCGUUUGCCAAAAGCCGGGAAGCGAUGUGUAGAUCCAAUGCUGAUCGCGUUCGCAAAUCUUCCUUGUCUGCGACAAAGCGUUUCCCGUGGUACAUCGUAUUUCUGCUUCUGCUAGGGACACUGAUGAUCGAGGUCUCACAAGUACACGCUGCUGGGUUGAAGAGCAGAGAGCUCACUGCCACUAAGAUGCUCAUACUGCUAGCUUUGUGGGAUUCGACGCUCAAGUCCGCAUUGGGCUCUUUCGUGUCCAUUGCGGUCGGAGCCAUCAUGACAACCUGCUUGAGCCUGCAGCUAAACUUGGUGCUGAUCAUGCAGUUCUACGAGCUGCAUCUUCUGAUGCAUUUUCUGCUUGUUCCUUACGUGAGCGUCGCCCAGUUCACUGCCACAGAAUAUUCGAUGUGGGUAAAAGCUCGCGGCGGCGUCAUCUGUGGGUUCAUGGCUCUCGUCUACGUUCUAGUGUCAUCCUCUGGGCGUCUUGUUUCUCCCGUGCUCAUGUACCUGCUGGUGUUUCCAUUUGCUUGCUUUAUGGCCGAGAUAGCAGAGCCGGUGCCAACAGGCAUCUCUCUCGGAGCCAAGGCUCACUCUGCAUGGUGCGCUCGCCAGCUGCUUUGGCUGAACCGCCUGCCAUCUCUCGAGGAAUAA